AUGGCUGCCGUGUGUAAGCAGCUCGAAGCAGCGCAAAGGUUCCUUCGGCAGGUGUGCAAGCUGCCGAGCUUCGAGAGUCUUCGUGAAAAGCAGCUCACGGUUGUGCUUUCGGUGCUGAAGAAAACGAAAGUUCUCAGCCUGAAAGAUGCUAACAGCAUUUUGCAGAUGUUGGAGUCAGACAUCUGGUCCGAGGACCUGAGCCAGCAAGUGCGGGAGGCGGUUUCUGGGCUCCUUGUCGUUGAAGCAGCGGACCAAGGAGAGGACUCAGGGAAGCGUGGGCCGAAGGGCCAGGACUUUCAGAACUUUUUGGUCUUCUUGAAAGACUCGCAGUGGAACGCGUUGCAGCAGUCCAGCACUGUCUCAGCUGGGUGCAGCAUGCUUGCGAGUAUGCUGGGCCAGCUGGGCUUGCGGCAUCCUUCGGAGUGGACUUUUGGAACGAUGUACUGCUUCAUGCAUCUAGUACAAAAGCGUGAAGUUCCAGAGGCCUCGCAAGCUUACAACGAGAUCUUUAAGUUGAAGCCUGCAGUCCGCAAGCAGCUUGAAGGCCUUCCCGAACCUGUUGUGUACCUGCAGCAGCUACCCAAGACACCGGAGGAGCUACCUGAGCGGCUUUUCAACGAGGUCUUCGCGUCCGAGCGGCCUGGCGUUCCCAAGGUGUCGAAGGACAGUCUGCUGUUCACCACGUCUCUGAUUUCCAUGCGGAAAUCCAGCGACAAGGUCAUAGAUCCCCAAAAAGUGGCUCCUGCACCUGUGGAUCCCUUGGCAGCAAUGGCGACCAUGAGCACGGCUCUGAUGGCCCACUUGGUCACGACCUCGGGAGCCGGCAGCACGCAGGCAGUGGCGGCGCCGACUCUGGCAAGAGAAGCAGCGCCACCGCCGAUGCUGGCUUUGUGCGAUGCCCCGCAUCCGACAGCAGAGGCGACAGGCGCUGUCGAAGCAGAAAAGGCUGAGACGAGUCUGGUUCCUGUGGUUCCUCCCGAGCCGUCGCAGGUCGACCAGUACUUGGGUGACCUCAAGUCUUGCUUGCAACGCGAGGGCUCUGGCAAGAAAGCGAAGAUGAGGCGGCCGUCAGCAGCAGCCUCAUCUCUGAACGGCAAAGGGGGCUCCAGCGUGUUGCAGGAGGCACCUGCAGGACCUCAGAAGGCCAAGGCCAAGGCCGAAGGAAAGCAGCAGCCUCGCAAGAAGCCUGCAGUCAAGACGCCCGGAGCCCUGAAGCGACCUGCGGCUUCGAGCGGCCCCAGAUCCAUCAAGGAAGUUCCCGGGCUCUCCUGGCAGCAGCGUGUGAGAAUGCGACCCGAGGGUUGCUCGAAGUGCCGUUGGCACAGAGGUUGCACUUUGUCGUGCUUUGCAACCUACCUGAAGCAGCAGUCGGAAUGCUAA